AGCUUAAUUGGGAGCAGGCAGAGAGCUUCCAUGGCGUCUUCGUUUCAAUUGGUUCACUCCACCACAUCAUUGAAGAAUUCUAUUUUUUUCCGCCGCAGUAGAGUCCUAGCUUUUCCUCUCGACCUAUCGCCUUUCUCCACCUCCUCCGCCAUUUUUUCUUCCAGUAUACUACAGGCGCAUAAAAAGUCGAGGCAACCCGCUGCCGGCGUGAAAGUUUGUAGAGACGAAAUUGUGAAGGAUAAUCCGACGAGCAAUGUUCCUGAUUCCAUUUUCUCAAAGCUUGGAUUCGAUAGGAGGAAUAAUGCAAUAUUCAGCUAUUUUGAUACCAACUACGCCAAAAAAUUUGCAAAGUUCGAAAAUUUAUGUCCUAUAGUCUCUGUGAAAGCGUACCAGGUGGAAAUAGUCGGAAUGCCUGUCGGAAAGUUGUCUACAUGUAAGCUCUUACGUCGAUUCCUAACCCAUCGCUUAUUCUCUGUGGCUAGCUCCUUGAAUGAACCAAUUGCUGACUCAAUAUUCAGUGACACACACAAGUCGGGGUCCUACACGCGGGGCGACUCCACCUUUUACUCCCUUAUUCAACACCAUGCCCACUCUGGUGAUUUCAAGGCCUUGGAGCUUAUCUUUCAACGGAUGAAGCGUGAAAACAGAGCCUUUUCUGAGAAGAUUUUCAUCCUAGUCUUCAAGGCUUAUGGCAAAGCAUGUCUCCAUCGUAAAGCUGUUGAAUUGUUCAAUAGCAUGGAGGAUAAAUACAGCUGCUUGCCAACUGUUAAGUCCUUUAAUUCUCUUCUUAAUGUCAUUAUUCAGCAGGGAUUGUAUCGUGAUGCUCUGGAGUUCUAUCACUAUGUUCUUAACGAUAAAAAGCAUAUUUCUCCCAAUGGUUUAACGUUUAAUUUAGUCAUCAAGUCGCUGUGUCGAUUGGGAUUAGUUGGUAGGGCUGUAGAUAUGUUUAGGGAGAUGCCUGCUUUCCAUUGUAAGCCUGAUACAUAUACUUACUGCACUCUCAUGGAUGGUUUGUGUAAAGAGGAUAGGAUUGAUGAUGCUGUGGCUUUGUUGGAUGAGAUGCAAAUAGAAGGGUGUGACCCAACUCCACCUACAUUCAAUGUGUUAAUCAAUGGGCUUUGCAAGAAGGGGGAUCUGGCCCGGGCAGCUAAGCUAGUUGAUAAUAUGUUCCUCAAAGGCUGUGUUCCGAAUGAAGUUACUUACAACACGCUCAUACAUGGGUUGUGUCUCAGAGGAAAGCUAGACAAGGCAGUCAGUCUUUUGAGCAGAAUGUUGUCAAAUAAGCUCAAGCCAAACGACAUCACUUAUGGAACCAUAAUAAAUGGACUAGUAAAGAAGGGACCAGCUACUGAUGCUUUGAACAUGUUACUGGGAAUGGAGGAAAGAGGCUAUGCACCAAAUGAGUAUGCUUAUUCUGCUAUUAUUAGUGGGUUGUUCAGAGAGGGGAAAUCAGAUGAGGCACUAAAACUGUGGGCCAAGAUGUUAGAGAAGGGAUGCAAACCAAAUACAGUUGUGUAUAGUGUUGUUAUAGAUGGUCUGUGCCAAGACGGAAAGCCCCAUGAAGCUGAAGAGUAUUUUUCCCAAAUGAUUGAUGCGGGUUGCUUGCCAAAUGCACACACAUACAGCUCCCUGAUGAAGGGCUUCUUUCAGGUCGGAGACUGUGAUAAGGCAGUUCUUCUAUGGAAAGAUAUGGUUGAGAAGGAUUACAUGGAUAAUGAGGUUUGUUACAGUGUGCUUAUUCAUGGUUUCUGCAAGAAUGGGAAGUUGGAAAAUGCUCUGGUGAUAUGGAAGCAGGUGCUGGCUAAAGGACUUACACCCGAUGUUGUGGCUUAUAGUUCCAUGAUUCAUGGUCUAUGCAAUGUUGGCUUAGUAGAACAGGGUUUGAGCUUAUUUAAUGAGAUGCUAUACAAAGCAUCUGACUCCAAACCUGAUGUAAUCACCUACAAUAUAAUCAUCCAUGCCUUGUGCAAACAGGGCAGUAUUACCCAUGCCAUGGAUAUACUUAAUCGCAUGUUAAGUGAAGGCUGUGAUCCUGAUUCAGUUACCUGCAAAUUUUUCCUGACAGCUUUUAGGGAAAAGCUUGAUCCACCUCUAGAUGGUGGAGAGUUCCUAGAUGAGCUAGUUCUAAGGCUACAAAAAUGUGAUAGAAUAAUUGGAGCUUCUAAUAUUGUUCAAGUGAUGCUUCAAAAUUUUCUCCAGCCAAAGGCCUCCACUUGGGACAAGGUAAUUCGAGGGAUCUGUAAACCAAAGAGAACUGAAGCAGCCAUCAACAAAUGUUGGGGGGACUUAUUCUUCUGAUUCAGCCAAACCAACUUUUGACAGGUUCGGAAGGCCUAUCUGCAUUGAGAGAUUUGGACUGGAAGUGCUCUUGAAGGUCACCACACUCAAACGCUACGUCAAGCACCAAACAUAGAAGUAUGAAAGACAAUCAAAAUCAAGUCUGCCGCUGCAAACAAACACAUGAAAAGGAGCAUUGCCAUUCUGGAUGCAUAAGCUAUGAACUUCGAGAGUUUCACUAGCCCGGGACAGUAGGUUCUUCUGCAGCUGUACAAGAUUUUCUACGACAACUAUCCUGAGGCAUUAUCUGUCAUGGUGAUUGUGAAUGCAGGGCAUGCCUUUAACUUGCUAUGGAACGCGUUGUCAAGUGUUUCCUCGACCCUCACACAGUGUCCAAGAUUCAGGCAUGUUGCCAACUGCUGCAUCAGCCGCUUGCACCUCUCUCUAACUUCUAAGUGAAAAGGGCGUUUUUGACGCAGCAAGUACCAGAGCAGAUUGCUCAAAUUGGUUGGUCAAAGUUAUGUGUAGCUAUCUAUGUAUGCAUGAUUGUGUUGUUUUGAUGAUUUUGAUGCGCAUUUUUGGAGUUUGUUCUAGCUGGCUGCCCGAUAUUCUUGGGGGUAGCUGUUGCUGUAGGAGUGAAGGAUAGUGUCAAGAGGUCCAUAGAGAAACACAUAUGGGGCUGAAGGAAUGUUUGUACUAUGUACUUAUUUUUAAUGGUGUAUGAUCAAAUACUAACUAAUUUAUAGUAAUAACUAAUAACUAACAUCAA